GUCUUCACGAGCCUGCCUAUUUAUUUGUCCUUCGCAUGGUGCUCUUUUCUAGACAAACCUUGGUUUUAUAGUUCUGAAGAUGAUAACAAUGGGGCCGCUUGGUCAUUCCAGUACCGACUCUGGGUGCUUUAAAUGGGAUGAAGCACCCAAAGUCAUAUCUCAUAUUAACGUUUCAUUCAACAAAAAUGGAGUAACUUCCAUUCAGUUUGGAUAUGUCGAGAAUGGAGUUGUGGUCUUGUCUGAAACAUACGGUUCAUCAUCAUCUGUCUGUAGCAGGCGUAUUUUGAGGCUCAACCCCGAGACAGAGUUUGUGACUGGGAUACACGGGGAGAUAUACAAUGGUUACAUUUCCUCUCUGGCUUUUCAUACAAAUGAACGUACACACUAUGCGGUUCACCGGACAUUCGAUUCAGGAGAAGUAGGUCUUGAGAAGAUGGAAUUUCAUUCAGGGAUACUUGAACGCCGUGAGUUUGGAGGUUUCUUUGGAACUUGUGACCAUGCUCAGUUGAAAUCUAUUGGUUUCUAUGUGAGGGUUCUGGUCCCACAAUGUUAUGGCUAUCAAAGGGGAAGAUGUUUCACAAGCAAGCCAUGAAGACUUCUUGGUCUAAUCUUGAAACACUAUAUGGUUUUACUAGACUACUCAUGUGGUUUUAGUCUAAUCUUUCCUUAAGAGUCUCAAGAAUAAUUUCGUUUCUCAGCUUGUUAUGAUGAAUUGAGUUUAGUGUUUUAAUCAGCUAUGAAAUAAAGUAAUCAGGAGUCUGUGCUAUGAUAAUAAACUGCUUGGUUUUAACA